AUGGCAAAUAUUGUCAAAUCAAGCGCAAUACAUGCACGCCAUAAUGAAUCACUACUUGAGUGCGCAGAAGAAGCGCCAAGCCCAGAGUUUCUGCAAUUUUCCAAGUUACUGCAAUCCCCUAAUUCUUCCCUUACACGACGCCAAUCACAGCAGGAUUUCAACUUUAACGUGUUUGCUCAUGUUGUAUACUAUGAUAAGACUGCCCGAGGCGGUUAUGUAGAGGAGACGGAUAUUAAAAACGCAAUAGAAGCUAUGAAUGGGAAUUUUGACGGCUCUGGAAUCUCAUUUACUCUUGUUAAUGUUAGCUACACGGAAAAUCAAAAUUGGGCUACCCUCCAAGACGUCGAAGCAAUGAAAAACGAACUACGCGAGGGAACAUACGCAGACUUGAACCUUUAUUACGUAUCAACCAUCGCAGAAGAUGCGGAACGAAAGACAUAUACCGUUGGUAGAUGUACCAGACCAAUAACGUUUUUUAUUAACGGGAAGCCGCUGCUGGACAUCACAACUCUCAAUGAGGCUGUGGUGUCGGAAGAGAACUUAAUAGACGAUGGGUGCCUAAUUAUUGCUCGGGAGGUCAAUACAGUCACUGCUACCCACGAGGUCGGUCACUGGCUAGGUUUAUUUCACACUUGGCAAGGCGGUUGCAGCGACGAUGGAGAUAUGAUUGACGACACCGCUCCUCAAGAAUCUCCAACAGAGCGUUGCUCUGCAGUCAGACAGCGCUUUUCUGAUGGCAGGCCUGCCAAUUACGCCUGUGGCGGCUGGAGAGAAAGCAAUAUGUAUAACUUUAUGGAUUACUCGGACUGCAGUUCAACAUUUACUGGGGGCCAGAAGAAACGCAUGGCAUAUUGGGCAGGGUAUCGUGAAAUACUCGGGGCUCGCGGGCCAACUCAUCAUCCAUCUCGUCCGGCGGCUCCAGCUCCAGCUUCAGCGCCGCCUAGCGACGAAAACCAGGGCAAUACACAGCGACUGUCCUGGUUCAAACCCAAUAUAUUUGAACAGGAUGGGGGGCGUAAGCUCUGUACUGGUCUCGCCAACUUUAAGCUAUCUGGCUCUAAUUCUCUCAAUGCCGACCUUAUCGACAGGGCUUGUGGGACGGAGAUGUUUUGCAAGUUUAUUCAAUGGGAUUGGCAGGGGCUAGGUCCUCAGACACUAAGAGAAAGGCUUGGCUUUGAAAGCUACGACGAAUGCAUAGCUGGUCACGAGGCAGAGCCCCCAGCCAAGGUCUAG